AAUAUUUUCAAUUUCGCAGCUUUUACUAAUAUAGAGACUAUCCCACCUUGGGUUAAUCUCUCGAUGUGUGUCUUAGAUAUUUUUGGAAAUUUCAAGAAAUCUGACACCAACUCUAGUGUUUUUAGCCAAAAAUUUUAUGAACAUCGUAAUAAUUAUAAUGAUUUUAAACCAAUUUUUACUGAUGGUUCAAAACAUGAUAACCAUGUUGGUUGUGGUGUGGUUAUUGAAAAUUUUACUAUAUCUGAACAAUUGCACCAAGACGCAUCAAUUUUCACUGCAGAAUGCUACGCUAUUUUACUAGCUCUAAAUUUUAUCUCUGACCAAACUUACCGCAAGUGGAUAAUUUAUACUGACUCUCGCAGUUUUAUAUCAAGUGUUCCUCACACCGGGCGAAACCCCAUGAUAUGUAAAAUCCAAAGUUGUUUUACAGAAUUGUGUGGUGAAGGUUUCCAUAUCUACUUUUGUUGGAUACCAUCACAUGUCGGCAUAAGGGGGAAUGACCUUGCUGACAUUACGGCUAAAACCACUCAAAACGUAAGCAAUAACCUUAUAACAUCUCUUGAUUUCAAACGCAUAUGUAAAUCCACAAUACAACAGGCUUGGAAAGAACAUUGGUAUAAACAAGCUAAUAAUAAACUGCACGAAAUUUAUCCUAAUCUUGACAACUUUAAAACAAUACAUAUUGAUCGCAAAACCCAGGUUAUUAUCAAUAGACUGCGCAUUGGUCAUUCUCGUUUUACUCACAUGCAUUUACUAAAAUCUGAACCUGCACCUAGUUGUUCUCUAUGUCAUGUCGACAUUACUAUUAAACAUAUUUUAACAGACUGCGAACGAUUCAAACAUUUGAGGAACAAACUUUUUGGUAGCUUUUAUCCUAAUCUUCAAUCUUUACUUGGUGACCCUAUACAUCACAACCUUUUAAAGUUCAUCAAAACUAUUGGACUAUAUUCUCUGCUUUAAAAUAAUACAUUCUCAGCUUUAAAUAAUAAAUCAGUAGUUUGACCUAGAGUCCGACUAUUAACCUAGUGCCUGGCGCAGCAUAGCCAUUUCUGGCUCUUGUGCCAAUAAAAUCCAACUAACUAACUAACUAACUAACGUUCAGGAAUUCUCUCAUCUUACUCAAAACAUUCCAUUGAAAUGAAGCUCACAUCAGGAUCAAUCCCGGCAGAAUGUGAAAUGGAUUCAUCUUUAUUAUGUAUGAAGGUCAGUUCGUUCUGAAAAAAAAAUUUUUAAUGCAUUAAUUGUCAAAAUUAAACAUAACUCAUUAAGACUAUAUGGUAAUUAAGAAAAAAAAAUUUUGUUGCAGUGCCGUAACUUCACCCCUCGUGGCCCUGAAGCAAAAAUAUUUGGCGGGGGCCCUUUCAAAAACUUUCAGUACUGCAUCGCUAUAACGGUUUCAGUACUGCAUCGCUAAUAUAUAUCUCUAUCUAUUAUCUAAUAUACAUUUACACAUGUAUGUAUAUUUAAAAUCAGUAUACAUCCUUUUCUAUAAUAAAUAAAAGUUCAUCGCGAAAACUGAUUUCAUUUAAUGUUG